CGGCUGUGUUCCGUUGCACCCGCGACGUUCGGUGUGAAGAAACUAACCGGAAGGACAGUGUGCGGACGCGUCUGUCCUCCGGGAGUUGAUCCGAGCCCGUCGCUGUCGGCGAACUUGCUUUCCGAUGGAUAAUCCGACGAUAUUUAACCCGGUUAUGCCAUUCUUGGGAGCAAUUUUUGGUGGAUUGAGACGUGGGCAGAUGAUUGCAGUCCAAGGGAUUUUGCCCAAAGGGAGUGAUAGAUUUCAAGUGGAUUUUCAAUGCGGAAGCAGCACGAAGCCUCGUGCGGACAUUGCCUUCCAUUUCAAUCCACGCUUUCAGAGAUCGGAAUAUGUGGUUUGCAACACACUUGAAAGGGAAAAAUGGGGACGUGAGAUGAAAAAAUAUGAGAUGCCAUUCAAGAAAGGAGAGCCAUUUGAAAUUAUUUUCUUUGUAAUGGUGGACAAGUUCAAGGUUGCAGUUAAUGGGAAACAUUUCCUGGAUUACCAGCACAGGAUGAGUCUGGAUAGAGUUGAUACACUUGGAGUUAGUGGUGCUGUUCAAAUUCAAACCAUUGGCUACUUGGAUAAUGCUCAGGACAAUCCAUAUUCUGACCUUCCAAUAAAGAAAACAAAUACAGAUGGGAUUCAGUCAAACCCAUCGAAUGCCCAAUUGACCGUCCCUUAUAUGGCUAAAAUUAAGGAUGGGUUGAGCCCAGGUCGUGUAAUCACCAUUCAGGGUAAAGUCGACAGCUAUCCAGACAGAUUUUCCAUUAAUCUCCAAUCAAGUGCCUCCGCUGAUAUUCUGUUGCAUCUGUCACCGCGUUUCAAGGAGAAAGCUUUUGUCCGAAACUCUUAUCUCCGUCAAAGUUGGGGAGAAGAGGAGAGGAAAAUAGAUAAUUUUCCCUUUAAUCCAGAUGCGUAUUUUGAGGUUGUCAUUUAUUGUGGGUCUGACUGCUUCAAGAUAGCUGUAAAUGGGCAGCACUUGGUAGAUUACAAGCACCGGUUUACUGACUUAAAUAAAAUCGAUAUGUUGGAGAUUUCCGGAAAUAUCCAGUUGAUCAAUGUUCAGACUUGGUAGGUAGAUGGAAAACUGUCUAAAUUAAACAUCAAUGCUGGACAAACUGAGCAUGAGUAAUCUACCCAAAUUCUGUUUCCAAUUCCAGAAAGAGCAUGAGAUCAAAUUGAGAAGAGUUUGUUUUAUGGGGACUGUUGAAUGAUAUUUGAAGACCUAUUUAUGGCUUUUGCUUAAAGUUGCUUUACUGAGUCCACUUGAAGCCAUGUUUGAUGAUUGCAUCAUUUCUAUAGAAGGUCAACUCCUGAAAAACUCUCAAAAAUAAACCUAAAUGCAUUUUCCUUCAGCAUUUGGUUCAUUUUGCUCUGGAAUACAAAACCUGCAAGCUUGUUGAAAAAUCUUUAAAUAUGUUCACAACAUUUAGAAAAUUUUUAUAACUUAAGUUAAACCUGGAAUAACCAUAAACCUGUAACUUUAGUAUCUUCAGUAGACAGCUAUAUACCAACAUCUUCAAUGAGACUUGCAGAACACUUUCUAUGACUGAAUUUGUGCUGUGUUAACUUCAAGCUGAAAUGUGUCACAAAUGGAGAAAGUUUUGAAACUUGACUUAAUUGGCACCUGGAGUGUGAAUGUACAGUAUUUUUUCUUAAAAUGUGCCCUCAAAAGAUUUUCAAAUUUCUCUAAAAUUCUCCUCUCAAAAUGGAAGUUAUACAGCUUGUCUUGAAUAAUCUAUGCAAGGCUGAAACAGUCAUUGCAAUCCUCUUGUAUCUUUUUAAUUAGUCCACCAGCCCUAAAUUUAAAUUAGUCCUACUACUGCAGUAGGAAACUUGCACACUCUGCACCCAGAAUUAUACAGAGUACAUAUUUCAAAUGAAGCUUCAAACUUUUGCAGAUGUGUCAGUUGUACAGAUAUCUGUCCACAAACUUGCAUUAUUUCAGCAUCACUGCUUUAUGCUGAAUUGCAGUAUUUAAAAAUUAUUGGCUGAACUUAAUUACAAAUUAAAUAAAAAAUUACUGCUAUAAAGAAUUACAAAUGCAAUAAAUUCCUAUAUCACUUUAUCUGGUAAUCAAAACUGUUUAAACUCACCUUUCUGUUUGGGUAUAUGUAAGGUUUUUUUCACCUUGAUCUUUGGUUUAUUGCUAAAGUUUGGAACAUUAUAGUUCUAUACAUCCAUACUUUGAAAGUCUGAAGUUCAUUUCGGUUUGUGGUUAUGUUGAGUCAGUGAAUAUUUCACUACUUCUGACUCCACCCUUGCUCACUAUUCCAAUCACCUGUAAUUUACAAAGCAAUUCAUCUUGUCCUAUGGGCUGAGAUUUCCAGUUUGCUAUUAGUGAUGAGAAUUUAUAUGUCAUUAUUUGAGUAAAAGUUCAAACUUAAUUCAUAAUUUAGUCACUGUCUGCCAGAUAUAUCUGUUAACUUAAAGCAGAUGUUUUGUCUUUUGUGCUCUUUGCAUUUGACAUUUUGUAUGUGGAUAAGUUCUAAUACUUGAAUUUGCAAUAACCUUGCUGUUGAGAAUGUAUUAACUAAAUCUAGGAUAUUUUAUAUUCUUUUGGCAGACAUCGUUUACACUCUUAUCAGCCUAGUAAAUUAUCUUGCUUAUUUAUGACUGAGAACUUAAGUUCUUAAAGUUAGUGUUUCACAGGUUAAAGAUUUCAUCUGUACUGCAUAUGUUUACAAAAAUUAAAACUCAUACCAUGUUCAUUCUAUAA